CACUGUUGUAGUUUUUACUUUAUCAUUGAUAAGAUAAAAUCAAGAUAAAACAACUGUAUUUGUGGAGGUAUUGCAGUGAACGGUGCAAAAAAUAUCGCCAUGGCGUUUUUCAAAAUUUCAAAAUCGUUUUUUGUAAUUCUGGUCCUUGCGGUGAUAAUAUCUCAGCAAGUUGAAGCUAGAAGGACAAUUCUUAAAGGACGAAAAUCUUUGACCAGGACAUAUUUGCGUGAUUCCCCUAUCCCCGCCUGGGCAGUUGUCAUACUUGUAGCACUUGCCGAAAUUAUUGUGGGGGCAAUAAUUUUCUUCGUGAUGAAAAGGGCCGUUUUGGACACACCUAUUGUUGGUUCUUACAGUCCAGCAAAAACAGAGGAAGCAUAACAAUGUACACAUGAACAUAUUUUUAUUUUUCUGUAUUUUUAUUAUUUUUAUAAACUCAAAUGUAAUUUGACCCAUUUUUAUUAAAAAUCGAGGAAAAAAAAUUGCACACACACUACCUUUAAAUUAAUGUAGUGGAAAAAAUUGAAAUAAACCACAGUUGCAUUUGUUAAUCGCUGUCCAUAUUUAUCUCUUUUAAUUUCUCCCAGUCAAGAUCAACAAUGAGAAUUUGAUUUCUGUGUUGUGUAACAGUUACAGUUACAGGGGCAUAUAAAUCUCUAUCUAAAGCGGACCAUCCUGUAUACUGUAACAAUUCCCGUAUUAAAAAUUAAAAUAAACGUUUUAAGCCUUA